AUGGGUCGUGGUCGCCGGAUGAAGAAGCAGGGUCCUCCUGCCCCGCUGGAUGAGUCUAAGAUUACGAUAUACAAGAAUCGCAAGGCAGCCGACGGAGACAACGCGAAGGCGGAGUCAGGCAAGAAGCGCAGGAGAGCCGAGGUUGAUGAGGAUGAGAUCGAGGUGAAGGCUGUGCCGAAGAAGAAGGCGAACAAAGCAAGCAAUGGCAAAGUUGAAAAGGUUGCGGUGACGAAGGCGAAGGCGAAGACCAAUACCAAGCCCGCUGAGAAGAAGAGCGAGAAGAAGAAGCAGGUGUUCCAGGACUCGGACGAGGAGGAAGGUUCGGAUGAAGGCACCUGGGAAACAGACGAUGAUGAAAUGCUGGAUGAUGAGUUCGAUGAUUUGGAGGGUGUGAGCGAUGGAUCCAUGGAUAGCCAGGAGGAUGAGGAUUCGGUUCUGGAUUCGGACGAUGAAGACCACCCCCGCGAGACGUUGUUCUCUGAGGACGAGGAUCUCUCGGACGCCGAGGAGAAGCUGACGGCAGCCAAUAUCGAAGGGUUGUCGCGUAAGCUGGACGAAGCCAGGGAGGCCGAAGAAGAGGAAGCCGAGAUGGAGCUGAAGGAAUCCGCCAUGCAGACCAACAUUGCCGGCGACCGUCCGGACGUGUUCGCCGAUGCAGAGUCUGCUGCACAGGCCGGCCUGGCCCCCGAUCUGCAACUGAUGCGCACGCGUAUCACCGAUACCAUCCGUAUCUUGGGCGAUCUGAAGUCCCUAGGACAGCCGGGCAAGUCUCGCACGGAUUACGUCGAUCUUCUCCUGAAGGAUAUCUGCACAUACUACGGAUACACCCCCUUCCUGGCCGAGAAACUGUUCAAUCUGUUCACUCCCAUGGAGGCUUUUGCUUUCUUCGAGGCCAACGAGACGCCGCGUCCGGUUGUCAUCCGAACGAACACUCUACGCACGAACCGUCGCUCUCUGGCGCAGGCAUUGAUCAAUCGAGGAGUUGUGCUUGAGCCGGUUGGAAAAUGGUCCAAGGUCGGUCUGCAGGUCUUCGAGUCCCCCGUGCCGCUGGGUGCUACGCCUGAGUAUCUUGCGGGCCACUACAUCCUGCAGGCAGCUUCUUCGUUCUUGCCCGUCAUGGCCCUGGCACCUCAACCGAACGAGCGUGUUCUCGACAUGGCUGCCGCCCCCGGUGGUAAAUCGACAUAUAUCUCCGCCCUGAUGCGCAACACGGGAUGCCUGAUCGCCAACGAUGCCAGCAAGCCGCGUGCCAAGGGUCUGAUCGGUAACAUCCACCGUCUGGGAUGCAAGAACACCAUCGUCACCAACAUGGAUGCCCGCACGGCGUUCCCCAAGGCCAUGGGCGGGUUUGACCGUGUCCUGCUCGAUGCCCCCUGCACCGGUACCGGAGUCAUCUCCAAGGAUCCCAGCGUCAAGACCUCCAAGAACGAGCGCGACUUCCUCGCCAUCCCCCACAUGCAGCGCCAGCUGCUGCUGGCGGCGAUCGACUCGGUCGACCACGCGUCGAAGACGGGUGGCUACAUUGUCUACUCGACCUGCAGUGUGACGGUGGAGGAGAACGAGGCGGUGGUGCAGUAUAUCCUGCGCAAGCGGCCGAAUGUGAAGAUCGUCGACACGGGCCUGGGCGACUUUGGUAGCGAAGGUAUGACUAGCUACAUGGGUAAACAGUUUGAUCCGAAGAUGAAGAUGACUCGGCGGUACUUCCCCCACCGCGAGAACGUGGACGGGUUCUACGUCUGCAAACUGAAGAAGUUCGGCCCUAGCCCUGUUGCGAAGAGCACGGGCGAGACUGCCACUAGCGGCGAGAAGAAGGCCGACAAACACGCCGCUUCCGCGGACUCGACGGACGGCGAGAUGGAGAUCGACAAGACCCCGCUGGUCGAUGAGGACGGCGAGAUGAUGGAGUUGGAGGGCGGUGCCUUUGGGCCGUUCGAAGACGACGAGGACGCCGAGCGGAUCGAGCGUGCGGAGCGGAACCGUCUGCGCCGCAAGGGUCUCAACCCGAAGGGAGUCUUGAACAAGCCGAAGAAGGAGGAGAAGAAGGAGGAGAAGAAGGCAGAGGAUAAGAAGGAGAAGGAGGAACAAAGAGAGAAGAAGGUGGAGAAGAAGGAGAAGGCAGAGAAGAAGGAGAAGGCAGAGAAAAAGGAGAAGGCAGAGAAGAAGGAGAAGGUAGAAAAGAAGGAGAAGACAGAAGUGAAGGAGGUGAAGAAGAGCAAGAAGGCGGGUUCUAAAAAGCAGUAA